CUUUUUUCGCAGGGCGACAACUGCAAGUUUCAAGACUGAGGUGCUGCACUGCGGAGGCUUUGCAUUUUUCAUAGACAAUCUCACGCUCCGACUACACCGCAUUGCGUCUCCCACCAACUGAAUUCUCCAGCCAUGCCUGCACCCACCAUGGAGCGUCCAGUUGACAAGUCCAAGAAACGCAAGAGAAAGCACGGUAGCAAGGCUGCGGCCUCCGCACCAGAGCCCGCUCCAGCGGCUUCUGCGCCUUCAGCAUCGGGCGAAGAACUCCCUACCACUACGACACAACCCGCAGAAAAGAGCCAGAAGAGACGGAAAACGUCCCAUACGAGCGACGAAGAAGAUGACUUAGAUUCCAAGAAAGUUUCGAAGAAAGUCUCCAAUGGAACUAAGGAGGAUGCUUCCAGUGACAAGGACGACGAAGACGCUUCCUCCAGCUCUGAGCAGGACGAAGGCGGUGAUGAUGCAGGCCCUGAACUUGAAGAGACGGUGAACACAACCAACGGCACCACCGAAGUCACUACAGUGACCGACCUCCCUACCGAAAAUGUCCCAUCUCUCCCCGGCACUGACGCCACACCGCAGAAAUUCUCGGAAUUGGGCCUCUCGGAAAAGACUAUGAAAGCACUCAACGAAAUGAAAUUCGAGACCAUGACAGAGAUUCAGCGCCGCGGUAUACCUCCGCUUAUGGCCGGGCGGGACGUUUUGGGAGCAGCAAAGACAGGCUCUGGAAAGACAUUGGCAUUUCUCAUUCCGGCGGUGGAAAUGCUCCACGCGCUCCGCUUCAAACCGCGCAACGGGACGGGCGUGAUAGUAGUGUCUCCGACUCGCGAACUGGCACUCCAAAUCUUCGGUGUGGCCAGAGACCUGAUGCAAUUCCACAGCCAGACGUUUGGAAUAGUCAUUGGCGGCGCCAACCGCAGCGCAGAAGCGGACAAGUUGACCAAAGGUGUGAACCUGUUGAUUGCCACUCCCGGACGACUGUUGGAUCAUCUGCAAAACACCAAGGGAUUCAUCUACAAGAACGUCAAGGCGCUCGUGAUUGACGAGGCAGACCGGAUUUUGGAAGUAGGAUUCGAAGACGAGAUGCGACAGAUUGUCAAGAUCCUGCCCAAGGAGGACCGGCAGACCAUGUUGUUCUCGGCGACGCAGACGACAAAAGUCGAAGACCUUGCGCGCAUCUCGUUGCGUCCGGGCCCACUGUACAUCAACGUCGACCAUACCAAGGAACACAGCACGGUCGAGGGCUUGGAGCAAGGGUACGUCAUCUGCGACAGCGACAAGAGAUUUUUGUUGUUGUUCAGCUUUUUGAAACGCAACCUGAAGAAAAAAGUCAUUGUCUUCAUGUCCUCCUGCAACUGCGUUAAAUAUCAUGCCGAACUGCUCAAUUACAUCGAUCUGCCCGUGCUCGAGCUGCACGGCAACCUGAAGCAGCAGAAGCGGACAAACACCUUCUUCGAGUUCUGCAACGCCAAAGCCGGCAUCUUGGUCUGUACCGAUGUCGCCGCCAGAGGACUCGAUAUCCCGGCGGUGGACUGGAUCGUGCAAUUCGACCCUCCUGAUGACCCCAGAGAUUAUAUCCACCGUGUGGGCCGGACUGCCCGUGGUGCCAACGGCAAGGGAAGGAGUCUGAUGUUCUUGCAACCGAAUGAAGUCGGCUUCCUCAGUCACCUAAAAGAGGCCAGGGUGCCCGUGGUCGAGUUUGAUUUCCCGGCCAAGAAACUCCUCAACAUUCAGAGUCAGUUGGAAAAGCUGAUUUCGCAAAACUAUUAUUUGAACAAGUCCGCAAAAGAUGGCUACAGAUCCUAUCUCCAAGCCUACGCCUCGCACAGCCUACGCUCCGUUUUCGACGUCAACAAACUCGACCUGGUAAAAGUCGCCAAAAGCUUUGGAUUUGCCACCCCGCCCCGAGUCGACAUCCAGCUCGGAGCCAGCAUGCAACGGGACAAGAAACACAGCGCCAGAAGGAGUUACGGCAGUCAACCGAAGCAGAACGGCUUGAAGUUCAAGCGGAAACAUGGUCAUGAUUGAAUUGAACUGAGCUAGUUUUUGGUUAGAUAAUGUGUUUUGGAUCGCGCAGGAUCUCGGUUUCCUUAAAGGAGGCGUAUCUUAACGUUGCAGUUACAUACUCGGAAUCGAGAUUUACAUCUUAUGAAAGCCUUACCACUUGAUAAAUAGUAGAGUAUAUUAGUAGUAGUGUGAGCGGGAUCGACUGACUGACUGACUGAGUAUACAUUAAGUCUGGCCAGCCAUCCGACAUGUCAUUACUCGCAACAUCUUCAU